AUGGACGAGCUUUUCGACGUGUUCGAUGACCCGCCCCAGGCUGGUGCGCCUUUGGGUGGACUUCCAAAGCGCAUCAGGAAGGAUAAAAAGGACAAGAACAAAAAGCGUGCAGCCAACGGUGAUGUCAAGCAAAACGGAGACACGACGGAACCCAUGGAGGACGUGAGCAUGUCUGAACCGUCUGCUGUCGAGAAUGCACCUCAAGCACCUGCGUCGCCUCCUGCCGACAAGGAACAGCCCGAUACCAAACGUCUUCGUCUUGAUGAAGCGCCGCAGCCCGUCGUAGCCGACUCCUUCGAAACGGAACAAGAGCAGGAAAUCGCCGCCUCCGCUGGCCUUCAAGGUAGCCAAGAUGCGACUUCGAUCAAGGUGUCCCACCAAGUGCGCCAUCAAGUGGCGAUUCCACCAGACUACCCAUACGUGCCUCUUUCACAACACAAGCCGCCAGCGGAACCGGCGAAAAAAUGGUCCUUCACACUCGAUCCAUUCCAGCAGCUUGCUGUCAGCGCAAUUCAGCGUGAGGAGAGUGUGUUGGUUUCAGCACAUACCAGUGCCGGUAAGACGGUUGUCGCAGAAUACGCGAUUGCGCAAAGCUUGAAAAAGAACCAGCGAGUCAUUUACACCAGUCCGAUCAAGGCCCUGAGCAACCAAAAAUAUCGUGAAUUUGCGGCCGAAUUUGGUGACGUGGGUCUCAUGACGGGUGAUGUUACCAUCAAUCCAACGGCUACAUGUCUCGUCAUGACAACCGAAAUUCUGCGAUCAAUGUUGUAUCGAGGAUCAGAGAUUAUGCGUGAAGUUGGAUGGGUCAUCUUCGACGAGAUUCACUACAUGCGUGACUUGAAUCGUGGAGUCGUCUGGGAAGAGACCAUUAUUCUCCUUCCUGACAAGGUCCGAUAUGUUUUCCUUUCGGCAACAAUCCCCAACGCCAUGCAAUUUGCCGAAUGGGUUGUUAAAAUGCACAAUCAGCCAUGUCACGUCGUCUACACCAAUUACCGUCCCACUCCCCUCCAACACUACUUCCAUCCGGCUGGUGCCGACGGCAUCCAUCUUGUUGUUGACGAGAAUGGCGUCUUCCGCGAAGAAAAUUUCCAGAACGCCAUGAGCUCUAUCGCUGACAAAAAGGGCGACGACCCCGCCAAUGCCUUGGCCAAACGAAAGGGAAAAGGCAAAGACAAAUCAAUCAAUAAGGGUGGAGAGAAGGGACCUUCUGAUAUUUUCAAGAUUGUACGAAUGAUCAUAAUGAAGAAGCUCAAUCCAGUCAUUGUCUUCAGCUUCAGCAAGAGAGAAUGCGAGAGCGGCGCUCUCCAAUUGAAGAACAUGGCCUUCAACGAUGACUCCGAGAAGGAAAUGGUACAAAAGGUCUUCGACAGUGCUAUGGAAAUGUUGUCGCCAGAAGAUCGAAUGUUACCUCAGAUCGGCAACCUCCUGCCCCUGCUUCGCAGAGGCGUCGGCGUCCAUCACUCCGGUCUGCUUCCAAUUCUCAAAGAAACGAUCGAGAUCCUUUUCCAAGAAGGUCUCAUUAAGGUUUUGUUUGCUACGGAGACGUUCUCGAUCGGUCUGAACAUGCCUGCAAAGACUGUGGUCUUCACAAGCGUUCGCAAGUUCGACGGCACCAGUCAACGCUGGGUAACCCCAUCAGAAUUCAUCCAGAUGUCAGGGCGCGCGGGUCGUCGAGGUCUCGACGAUCGAGGUAUUGUCAUUAUGAUGGUUGGCGAAGAGAUGGACCCGGCGGUUGCGAAGGAAAUCGUUCGUGGUGAGCAAGACCGGUUGAACUCGGCCUUCCAUCUUGGAUACAACAUGAUUCUCAAUCUCAUGAGAGUGGAAGGCAUUUCUCCUGAGUUCAUGCUUGAAAGAUGCUUCAAGCAAUUCCAGAACACAGGAGACGUUGCUUCUUUAGAGGCUUCUCUUCGGGAAAUGGAAGUCAAGAAGACACAGAUGGUCAUCCCGGACGAAGGUACCAUUCGGGAAUAUUACGACCUUCGCACCCAACUCGACACCUUCGCCGAUGAUGUCCGUGCUGUCUUCACCCAUCCCGACCACUGUCGUCCCUACAUGAAGCCCGGCCGUCUCAUUCACAUCAAGCAUCAAGGCCGCGAUUUUGGAUGGGGUGUUGUGGUCAAAAUAUCGCAACGAAAGCCGGCCAGCAAUUCCAAGGAACCAAUUGAGCCUCAUAAGGAGUGGGUUGUUGAUGUUCUGUUGAACAUCGCUGCGGGUCAGUCAGUCGGCACAAAGUCUUCCCAGGACAUGCCCCCUGGUGUCCACCCCGCUCAGCCGGGGGAACCUAAUCGUCACGAAAUUGUUCCCGUUGUGCUUUCUUGCAUUCACAACAUUUCUUCCGCCUGCUUCAAGAUCCCUCACGACAUGAAGAAUACCGAUUCUAAAAACUCCGUCGGAAAAACUCUGGCCGAAGUCCAACGGCGCUUCCCCGAUGGUGUGCCUCCUCUGGAUCCUGUUGAGGACAUGGGGAUCAAAGAUGAUUCCUUCAAGAAGUUGUUACGAAAAAUUGAAGUGCUUGAGUCCCGCCUCUUGGGAAAUCCCCUCCACCACUCUCCUCGACUGCCAGAAUUAUACAAUCAGUAUGUGGUCAAGGUCAACCUGACGAAUGAGAUCAAGUCAGUCAAGAAGAAAAUCAGCGAGGCUAUGUCGAUCAUGCAACUCGACGAGUUGAAGUGCCGUAAACGUGUGCUUCGCCGCUUUGGCUUCAUCAAUGAGGCGGAAGUCGUUCAAAUGAAGGCUCGUGUUGCGUGUGAGAUUAGUACUGGCGAUGAGCUCAUGCUGGCCGAGUUGCUUUUCAACGGCUUCUUCAACAACCUCACUCCCGAGCAGGUGGCAGCCGUGAUUAGUGUGUUCGUAUUUGAGGAGAAAGUCAAGGAAGCCCCACCCUUGAGUAAGGACGAGCUUUCAAAGCCCCUGAAAGAGAUUCAGUCUCAAGCCCGCAUCAUCGCCAAGGUGUCUCAAGAGUCAAAAAUGGCUGUGAAUGAAGACGAGUAUGUCCAGAGCUUCCACUGGGAGCUGAUGGAAGUGGUGUACGCGUGGUCACAUGGAAAGUCUUUUGCGGAGAUUUGUAAAAUGACGGAAGUCUACGAAGGUAGCUUGAUCCGUGUCUUCCGUCGAUUGGAAGAAUGUCUGCGUCAAAUGGCGCAGGCCGCCAAGGUGAUGGGCAGCGAGGACUUGGAGAGCAAGUUCGAAGAGGCGCUGACCAAGGUCCGCCGUGACAUUGUGGCCGCUCAGUCCCUCUAUCUGUAG